AUGGGGGUCGUCAUACCGGGGAUGGUUGCGGUGCCGAACGAGCGCCAAGGCUGGGCCAGUCCCGUAGAAUUUGUGCUCUCGUGCAUCGGCUAUGCGGUCGGAAUUGGGAAUAUCUGGCGCUUCCCCUUCCUCGUCUACCGCAGCGGAGGAGGAGCCUUCCUCAUACCGUUCGUCCUGAUUCUGCUGGUGAUGGGUCUCCCGAUCUUUUUUCUCGAGCUGGUGGUUGGCCAAUACUCGGGCCUCGGGCCCACGGAGGCUUACGCCCGCAUGGCACCGAUAUUCCAGGGCCUCGGCUACUGCACCAUCGUCGUCAUCACCUUCGUCACCAUCUACUACAUGGUACUCACCUCGUGGAUGCUCUUCUACUUCUUCGCCUCGUUCUUGACCAAACUACCCUGGUCAACGUGCCUCAACGACUUCAACUCUGCCAAUUGUUACAGCGAGAUGGACAACAUCGAUUGCCAGAAAAAUGGCAAGGAUUUGUUUUUCAACGGCACGUGCCGGUUUAUGGCCAAAGUGUGCCAAAACCUGAACCACACGAGCAGUAUCGGCAACUUUACGCACUGCUUCGACCCAAAUACAACGCCAACCACCGCGAGGGAGCUUCGGAACCUCUCCGGUACCAUACUCUCGACCUCGAGCGAGGAGUACUUUUAUGAUCGCGUUCUUGGCGUACGAGGAGCUGACUGGGAGCACUGGGGUGGCUUCAGGUGGGAGCUCUUCGGUUGUUUGACCAUCUGCUGGAUCGUCUGCUACUUUUGUCUCAUCAAGGGCGUUCAGUCGGUGGGAAAAGUCGUCUACUUCACGGCGCUCUUCCCCUACUUUGUCCUCAUAGCUCUCAUGAUUCGAGGGGCGACACUUGAAGGAGCAGCCGACGGCAUACUAUGGUUUAUCACGCCGCAGUGGGAUCAGUUGGCGAAUGCGAGAGUCUGGGCGGACGCGGCCUCGCAAGUGUUUUACUCGCUCGGAAUCGGGUGUGGUUCUCUUAUCACCCUCGCCAGCUACAGCUCAUUCACCAACAACAGUCACAGGGACGCGGUAUUCGUAACGCUGACGAACUUGCUGACAUCGAUAUUCGCCGGCUUCGUAACGUUCUCGGUGAUGGGCUUCCUGAAACACCAAACCAAGUGGCCGAUCGACCAAGUCGUGCGCAGCGAUACCGGCCUGGCCUUCGUUGCCUUUCCCGAAGCCGUGGUACGGAUGCCCCUGCCCAACAUGUGGGCCGUGCUCUUCUUCUUCAUGCUCUUCAUCCUCGGUCUGGGCAGUCAGUUGGCUGGGGUGCAAGCGAUAAGCGGUGCCAUAAUGGACUCGAUGCCCCAGUUGCGCAAACACGAGGCCAUCGUGAUCCUGGGGGUGUGCUUCACGUGCUGGUUGGCAGCGAUCCCGAUGCUCUUCGACGGCGGUAUCUACCUGUUCACGCUGAUGGACUGGAACACGGCCUCCUGGGCUAUUCUGCUGAUUGGGGUCGCCGAGCUCGUAGUGCCCGCCUGGCUGUACGGCUGGGACAAACUCGUGGACAACCUCGACCACAUGCAGAUGCGAUUUGGGCCCGUUCUCAGGCUGUACUGGCGCAUCAGCUGGCAAUACCUCGCCCCAAUUUCUGCCCUGGGUAUAUUCGCCUACCAGAUGUACAGCUUUCAAAAGGGCCAGUUGCGCGGCAUCGAGUUUCCUUGGUGGGCCGACGCGAUCGGUGUGAUGAUCGGCUUGGCCACAUUGGCCCCCAUGCCGAUCGGCUUCUGCUUUGCACUGUUCCAAAAACUGAAAGACACUAGAUUAUUCAAACCAAAGUCGAGCUGGGGACCUGCGCAGAAAUCACUCAAAGGAGAAAACAAGCCUUCAACGAUCAAUCCGACUUUUAUACCCGACGCGUGA